AUGUUAUCUCAGCUGACUGGAUCUUUGACUGUCAUGAAUCCGACUAUACCUUCUCUUUAUGCCCUUCCUAAAAUACACAAAGAAAAUUGCCCAAUGAGACCCAUUGUUUCUUAUACCAACGCUCCUGCUUCAAAACUAUGUAAACAUCUUAAUUCAAUAUUACCUGAUAUGAUCCAACAUGACCCAAUAUAUUCAAUCAAAAAUAAUAUUCAGUUAACCAAUGAAUUAAAAACACUCAAAAUCCCCACAAAUGCAAGGUUGGUCUCAUUUGACGUAGUAAAUCUAUUUCCAUCUAUACCAACUACAGAGGUCGAGUACUUAGUGAACCAACAACUUGAUGAAAACCCUUCAAUCACUGCUUAUAUGAAAGAAGAGACCAUGAGACUUCUUAAAAUAUGUCUAGGGCAAAGCUAUUUUAAGUUCAAUGAAAAAUUCUAUCAACAAUUAGAUGGUCUGCCAAUGGGUUCCCCUUCAUCAAACUUGUUCAGUGAAAUAUUCAUGACAGCUUUAGAAAAGAAAAUAUUCUCCCCUGCGAACGUUAACUUGACUGAUUUUGUACUAUACUGGAAGCGAUAUGUGGAUGAUAUAUUUUGUAUAUGGACUGGCUCAAAUUCAGAACUAGAAUCCUUUUUAGAAUUGAUAAAUUCUUUUUAUAGUUCAAUUCAGUUCACUUUAGAAAUAGAAGAUAAUAAUAAGUGUUUAAAUUUCUUGGAUAUUCAGGUAAAGAUAAUAAAUGAACAUCUUGAAUUUAAUAUAUACAGAAAACCCACUUUCUCUGAUAUUCUGAUUCAUAACAGCAGUUCACACCCUUUUAAGAUCAAGAUGUCAGCAUUCCACACCCUAGUACAUAGACUGAUCUCAAUUCCAUUGUCAGCAACUAACUUCGAUAAUGAAGUUCAAAUUCUAAAGGUGUUAGCCAAGAACAACGGCUACCACCCUGAUAUAAUAAACAAAUUAAUUUUUAAAAAACAACAGAAGAGAUUGUUAACUUUAGUAUAUCCACCUCAGUUAGAAAAUCAAAUGAAAAAAUUUGUAUACAUCAAUUAUAUCCCAUCUCUUAGUGAUAAACUUUGUAAAAGAAUCAGAAAAAACGAUAUUGAUGUUAUAUGUACGAAUAAGAAAAAUUUAAGAACAAUGUUUUUUAGUGGUAAGAAUCGGCUGAACAUUUCACAGUUGAGUGGUGUAUAUAAACUGUUUUGUGAUGAAUGUCCUGCAUUUUAUAUAGGUCAGACCGGUCGAUCUCUUGGAAUUAGAAUUGAAGAACAUAAAAGAUCGAUUCUUCAAAAUAAGUCAACAACGGGUUUUUCUAAUCACUGCAUCACUUCCAAUCAUUUUAUAGAUUUCAAUAAAACAAAAAUUUUACACAGAGGUGAUAAAGGUAAACGUUUGGAUCUCUUGGAGUUUUUGGAAAUAUCUUCAGCUCAAAAACAAAAUCUCCCAAUUGUGAACGAUCAAUUAGAUUUUCGCCUGUCUCCGGUUUUAACAUCUGUCACGUAG